CCCGGCCCGGCCCGCUCCCAGCGCGCUGCCGUCGCAGCCCCCGCGGCUCGCGGGGAGGCCAACCCCGCAGCUGAAGCAACUUGCCUCGGACCCUCGGUGAGGAGGGGCGGCGCGCGGGGCCGGACGGGAGCAGGAGAGGCGUGCGGGCGCUAUGCCUCCGGCCGGCGGUCUCCGCGCGCCGCGCCCCGCCGCGCUGCCCCGCAGCCUGUCCCGCCUGCGCGAGUGCCCGGGCCGCUCUCGCAUCGUGCUGGCGCUCGGGGCCACGCAGAUGGCGCUCGGAUGCCUCAUCGUGGCCGUCAGCUUCGCUGCGCUGGCGCUCACCACCUCGGCCCGCGUCCGCCACUCCUGCCCCUUCUGGGCCGGCUUCUCGGUGCUGCUGUCAGGACUUAUUGGCGUCGUCUCCUGGAAGAGGCCCCUGUCCCUCGUGAUUACCUUUUUCAUGCUGCUCUCUGCAGUAUGUGUAAUGCUGAAUUUGGCUGGUUCAAUUCUCUCCUGUCAGAACGCUCAGCUAGUCAACUCCCUGGAAGGCUGUCAGUUGAUUAAGUUCGACAGCGUCGAGGUGUGUGUCUGCUGUGAGAUGCAGCAUCAGUCGUCGGGCUGCAGCAACCUUGGAGAGACAUUGAAGCUGAACCCGCUGAGGGAGGACUGCAACACCGUGCGGCUGACCUUAAAGGAACUGCUCUUCAGCGUGUGUGCCCUCAACGUCCUGUCCACCAUCGUGUGUGCGCUGGCCACAGCCAUGUGCUGCAUGCAGAUGGUCUCCGCUGACGUCCUGCAGAUGUUCCUUCCACAAAGGGCGCCUUCCGUCAGCCCGGCCUGCAUGACCCCGCAUGGCACUGUCCUCCACCAGACCCUGGAUUUUGAUGAGUUUGUGCCUCCACUGCCCCCUCCGCCCUAUUAUCCCCCGGAGUACACCUGCACGCCCACCACUGAGGCCCACAGGGGCCUCCACCUGGACUUUGCUUCCUCCCCAUUCGGCACUUUGUACCGCGUCACCAUCAACAGCCCCGGCCUGCUCUACCCCGCCGAGCUCCCGCCGCCCUACGAGGCCGUGGUGGGCCCGACCCCCACCAGCCAGAUUCCAAGUGGGGACCCGCAAGUGACCGAGCCCGGCUCCGGGGACCCAGACGCCACCGCGGGCUUCAGCACGCAAGCGCCGGCCGACAGCUCCAGCCUGCUGGCCCCCGAGGGCACUGCCACGCCGGGCCUGAGCCGCCCACCCUCUGACGGCCCCACGGGCACCCUGCUGCCCGCUGCACACCCGCGCCGCACAUCCCCUGAGGGCGCCCCCCAGGGCACGCGGGCGCGGCCAGGUCCCAGGCGCGUGGCCCGCUCUGCCAGCGACCCCACCUCGUGGGGCCCCUCCAGGGUGUCAGGUGAUGCCUCGUCACACACCCCAUCCUGCAGCCAGGACCUUGAAGCAGGACUGUCCCGGGCUGCACGGGGAACCGCUUCCUUGUCUCACUCUGUCGUGGUUGCCUGUGCCUGUCGGCCCCAGCUUUCACCCCCCAGGGAACCAGAUGCCUGGAAAACGGACCAGCGGUUAAAGCCAGAGGCCUUACAGACAGUCUCCAAAGAGCGGCUGCACUCCUUAGUGGACAGCAAGGCCUACGCGGACGCCAGGGUUUUGGUGGCUAAGUUCUUGGAACACUCGAGCUGCUCCCUUCCCGUGGAGGUGAGGCACGUGGUGGGCUCCGCUCGCUCAGCCAUCCCCUCCGAGGAGUGCCACAUGGAGGAGGCCGUCCUCAGCGCCCGUGUCCUGGACCAGCUGUGAAGGCGCCUCCGUCUGGAUGUGGACAUGGACAGACCUGGUGCCAGAGUCCCUGCCGGGGACGCUGGGCCUGUGGGGAGAGGCUGCUUCCCCGGGGUGGAUCAAGCGGCGGAGGCCCUUCCCUCCUCCAGGGGGACCCCAUCGGCUGUUUUCUGGGGGCUGACGCUUCCUACCUGUCCCGGUGAUACAGUGGAUGACUCUCUCGUGUCCAUCGUGAAUUCUUCCCUGUCGUCAGGCAGGUAGCACCUUGAACUAGCCACGUGACAGCGAUCCAGUGGCAGGGGACACGCAUGUAGCUAAAGAAACUGAAGUAUCUUCACGAUCGGGGCCAUGGAAGAGCAGGAUUCUCCUGCACCCCAGUCCCCACCCCCACCCCGAUUUAGUUUAGUGUUUAAAGGGGUAGAGGAGUCCAUCAGGCAAUGAGCCCAUUUCCCCUUGCAGUUUGAAUCAAUGAUCAACCCUUUCUUAGAGGCUGAAUUUUAAGAAAGUAAGUCAUUCUAGCCCAGAUGGCAGCGGGGGUCCAGCCUUACGCCCGCAGGGCGACAGGGCCACCCUGUGAACAAACAUACAAUGAGGGACUCCCCAGGGGGGCCCGGCCACCCUGUGGCAAGGGGCUUUGAGGGACCCGCACCCCCCACACCCCCCCCCCCCCCCCGCACCUUGUCUCCCGGGCAACCCCUCCCUGCCUCUCCCUGCCCCAGGGCAUUUUCCCAGCUUCCUCUCUGGCUGUCUCUCCACUGUCUCUUUAGCCAGCUCAGCACAGAGCACUUUGUUAUUUGCCCCGUAACAAUAAGCCCCAUGGCGAGCCCCCGGGGUUCUCCCACAUCUGCCCUCGCCAGACUGGCCUCAAGGGGUCUCUGAUGACUCAGAGCAGCCCCUUCCCCAGCCGGGCGGCAGCCGCCACGUCUGCUUUGGAAGAUGCCACCUGUCGAGCACUCCUUUCCGUGAACCACCCCCACCUCGAGCUGGGUGCGCAGAAGCCUCGGCCACAGCAGCUUGGGUGCCCUGGACCUUCUUGGACCCCUGGGCCGCCCUGUUCUGGCGACCUCAGCAGCAGCUGCUUCCCAACCAGGGUCGUGGAGCAGCGCUGUCCUCAAGGACUUUCUGCAGCCACGGGGAUACCUGUGCCAUCCUGGAGUGUGGCUGCCAGACACCCCGAGGAGCCCCAUGUCAGCUGCCAACGCUUUGCUUCCUAAUGUUAUCAUCGGUCACUGCCGUCCGGAGGUGAGAGCUGGACCAAUAUAUAAAUCAGGCCUUGUGAUGAUAGCCAGAACUUCUCCGCUCGAGACAUCACAGAGGAGAAUUUAUGAGCACUUUAUCCAGACUAUAAAACGGGAAAUCUCUACUCUAAUUUUUCUCAACUGAGGGCUUUUGAAGUCCCCAAAAGUAAAUCUCUCUGCAGGUAAAGUAAGUUGAUGGUUUUUCCAAGGGGCCUCCCCUAAGCCUCCCAGCAAAGCAUGGAUGGCCCCAGCGCCCUGGCCUCGGCAUCAAGGCAUCUCUGGGGUGGCAACCAGAGCUUAGCAGGCUGCAGGGGUCUCACCUGGGUGGGGGGCUCACGUCAGGUUUGGGGGCUCACACGGCAGGGCCAAGCCUGCAGGUCUCAGACAGGCUGCCUCUCGAGUGAGGCCAGCCCUUGCGUCCACCCCCCACCUCACGGGCAUCAGAACUGUUACCCUGCCGCGGGCUGGGUGACCUCCAGGGGGCCUGGCCUGCUGCUCUGUGUCUUUUGCUUCCCCUCCCUGCAGGGCGCCAUGUCUCCUGCCUCCGAGCACCUGCCACAGCCUGUGCCUCCCCCUGGGUGCAGGUAGGUGCUCUGGCCUGAAGCCCACCGGCCGGCCGUUCUCGAGUGCUCGGCCCGCACACGUGUCCUCACAGCAUCUCUAUCUUGCGGGUGAGUACACUGUACCCAGUUGUACGGCGCUGGGCUGGCACCUUCUGAGGGCCCACGUCGGCUCCUGCAGGGCCCAGGCACCUGGCUCCCAGGAAAGGUCCCGGGAAGAGAGAGGUGCCUGGCAACGGGCCGGGGUCUGACUCCCCAGCCCGGGUGCCUUCAACCCCGCUGUGCUCGGCGGCACCUGGGAACCAGCAGCCCCGGCAUCGAGCGCCCUGAGCCCCAGGCUGUGUCGGCUCAUGGCCAAGGGGAAAGGCAGUGUCCCCCCGUCACUGGUGCGUCCUCGUCCGCUCGGCCCUGGUCUCCCCGCUCUCGUUAACACGUCAGCAGGCAGGUCCCCACGGGCUGCGCUGGAAGCCAAGGCCCAGGAUGCCCCCUUCACGGGGCCCGGGGCCUGUGCUCUCCUGGACCUCCCCCACCAAAAAGAGGGCCAGCACAGGGCCAGUGCCUGUCUGGCACUGCCAUUAGACCCCCACCCAGGGACCACAAGGAUACUGGGCUGGAGGAACUCCAGACCCCUACUCUAUGGCAAACGGGGGCGCUUAUCCUUCACAAGGACUUAAGGGCUUCUUCAGCUGGUGACAAUGACACAAAUGCGUGUAACAAACCACAUAAAAGAAAGCUUAUCUCGAAUGGAUGUUUUCUCCCCCACAGCUGUAUUGAUCCACAGAUGCUGCUAUUAAGGCAGAAUUUAUAGGAAAUUGUUUUCAAGCCUGUUUGUACAACUGGCAGGCUGUAUUUAUUUAAUGUACCUCAAGGUGUUUUCAUAAUGAUCAGUGUUUUAAUAAAAACUAUUUCUGGC